AUGGCAGGUGGAGCAAAGAAACCAAUCAACAUCUUCCGGUUGAAGAACCUUGGUGAACCCAAAGAGGUCUUUAACUGGAGACUCUGGUUUGCUGUGAUCUCUUUUGGUUUAAUGGGUGCUGCCCGAGGAAUCGAUGAAGGCCUUAUUACUGGCUCAUUCAAUUCGAAAGAUUUCCAAAAUUAUAUCCACUAUAGCUCAUAUAGUACAGUCGAACAGACUAACAUCAAAGCCAAUGUGACAUCCAUGGUACAAAUUGGGUCUGUCGGUGGUGCUCUGAUUGCUUUCCUCAUCUGCGAUCGUAUUGGUCGUAUCUGGGCUACUCGUGAACUAUGCCUUGUAUGGAUUGCUGGUAUUGCCAUCUUCAUGGGCAAUAGAGGAAGUCUGGGUGCUAUUUAUGCUGGCCGGUUCAUUGCAGGUGUCGGAGUUGGACAGACCGUAGUUGUCGGCCCUGUAUAUCUUGCUGAAAUCUCCCCAGCUGCUAUCCGUGGUCUUUGCACCUGUGUAUUCACUGGAUUUGUUUAUCUUGGCAUUGUCCUCGCCUACUUUACAAAUUACGGCGUGGAAAUUAAUCUUGGAGAUGUCACUCACGAGCGAUGGUUGAUCCCCACCAGUUUACAUGUCAUGUUCGCCGGUUUGAUAUUUCUUCUCUCUUUCCUACAAGAUGAGUCGCCAAGAUUUCUCGUCAAGAGUUCCCAGCCGGAAAAAGCCCUUACAACGUUGGCGCGUAUUCGACACCUGCCGGAAGACCACGACUAUGUAGUUCGUGAAUUCAGCGCGAUUCAGAAUGGGCUCGAAAUAGAGUUGGAGGCAACUCGAGGAAGCGGGCCUAUAGGGAUAAUAAAGGAAAUGUUCCUGGUUCCAACAAACUUGUACCGUAUGUUCCUGACCAUGAUGGCGCAGAUCUUGUCACAGUGGUCCGGAGCAGGAUCUAUUACUGUCUAUGCUACAGAUCUGUUCAAGAUCCUUGGUAUCUCAGGCAACAAUGAGAGCCUUCUCGUGACUGCAGUCUUUGGAAUAAUCAAGCUUGUUGCCGCAGUCGCUUGUGCUCUCUUCCUGGUUGAUGUUAUCGGACGCAAGAGGGCACUACUUCUCGGAAUCACCCUGCAAGCUAUUUCAAUGAUCUAUGUGGCCGGUUUCCUUACCGCAAUCCCCCAACUAGGUGUGGAUUCGGACUUUACGCUGCCAGUUCACCAAGUAUCUGCAAGUCGUGGUGCGAUUGCAAUGAUAUACAUCUCUGGUGUUGGAUGGGCACUAGGUUGGAACAGCAUGCAGUAUGUUCUAACAGCCGAACUGUUUCCUUUACGAAUCCGGGCUCUGGCAACCUCACUAUCCAUGACUCUGCACUUUGUGAACCAAUACGGUAAUUCGCGUGCCGUUCCGAAUAUGUUGCUCGCCACGUCAGAGGGCGGUAUAAGUCCAAUGGGCACAUUCUGGCUCUUUGCCGCAGUCACCAUCAUUGGUGGUAUAUGGGUCUGGUUCUUCGUCCCAGAGACAGCAGGUCGCUCUCUCGAAGAAAUGGACAGACUAUUCCAACUGCGCUGGUAUCAGAUUGGCCGACGGGGUAAUGAGCACGCCGAUGCACAAGAUCGAGUCCUUGAGGAGAAGGAAAUUGCCUUUGGGACUUCUGAGCACGUUGAGCGACAGGAUGCACGUGUUUGA